GCUGCGGGACGCGGCGGUUGGAUUCCGGGCGGGCAGCGCGGCGCGGCGCUGGGGAGAUGGAGCUGGCCCCGCUCAUCAGGAAACUCGGUCAUCAACUUGCAGAGAUAAGAGAACGAGCUCUCAAGAAUAUAUUGUGUAAAUUAGAUCAUAAUUUGAUUUCAUAUGCUGAUCUAGUCCAAGAACAGUUGCUUUUUCUCCAUUUGCUGGAAUGGUUCAAUUUUCCUAUAGUACCGAUGAAAGAGGAGAUACUAAAUUUGGUGAACAACUUGGUAAAGCAUCCGUCUGCUGUCCGGCAAUUGGUUGGGAUUGGUGCAGUGGAAUUCUUUUCUCAACUUCGUCAUAAUAUGGAGCCACAUCUGCAGACUGUAAUUGAUGGGAUCCUAGAUGGGCUCUUCCUACUUCCUUCAGAAAUUCCUGCCAAUUAUCCAGCAGUGUCUUACCAAGGUCAGCCCUUACCAUCAGAAGACAAACCAGAAAUAUUCACUGGAUAUUUUCACCAAGGCAGAAGUAAUUUGAAACAGAUGGAAAUCCCUCCCAAAAGAUCAUUUGUAAAUCAGGCAGUGAAGUGUUUGAAGUUUUCUACAUUUCCUUGGUUAACACUGACCACAACAGAUAGACAUGUUCUUUCAUCAAAUGAAAGCUCUUUGAGAAGUAAUAACCACAGUUUAAUUUGGAGUACAUGUGAGCUUCUACAGGAUGUUAUUAUGCAAGAUUUCCCUGCUGAGAUUUUCCUUCAAAGACCAAAGAUUGUUCAGAGCCUUCUGUCUCUACUAAAGCUGGCUUUUGGAAAAGAUGGAAAACACCGCUUAGCCUUGCAGGCUGUGUCAUGCCUGCAACAGUUAUGUAUCUUCUUAAGAAAUAGGCUUAAUUUUCACAGAGAUCCAGGCUUUUUCUCCACUGACCAAGGUACAGCUUCCCAGAAUUCUUCUAUGUCUUAUGCCCAAGAAGCAAGAGGACCUCACCAUUCCCAGAAUCCAUCACCUGGAAGUAGUAGCCCUCGACCAUCUGUGAUUGGACGUACUGGUCAGCGUCCCAGAGGUGAUGGCCAAGACUGGGAUGCAGCGUCUUCCAGUGGAAGCAGUACUCAAGCUAGUGCAAACUCCAGAAUAAAUCUGCAGUCACCGCUGGAUGUAGGGCACAUUGACCUGCCAGACCUGGAAAGUGAGGAUACUUUAGAGUUACAGUUCCAACAGCUCAGCCUUCCUCAGUUCUGUGUGUCCAUCCUGGAAUAUGCUGUACCUCUUCUAAGAACAGGCAGUAGUAGAGUGACCAUGCAAGUUCUUGAAUUACUUGCUGAAGAUGUGCUUCUUAUUGGUGAUGCAGUAUCUGAAGAUGUUUGGGAGGACCACAGCCUCUUUGGGUUAGAGUUGAAAGAUAAGCUGCUUACGGUCCUGGGUUCACUUGGAGAAACCAUAUCCUACCACAAAAGUAACAUCAGCUCAGAGCAGCCUGAGCUGAUGUUAGUGCACCACAGAAUGGCAUUUAUUAGCAUUUCACUUUUCACCGUGCGACUAUUGCAAACACUUCUCCCUGUAGAAAAGGCCAGCAAAGUGUUACCAGAGAGCUUGGUGACUGUUUUAUUUCUUCUUUCCUUGGACAUGCCAUUCUCCUUGGAAUAUCCAAGUAUUCAUGAGUCUGUGGCAGCCUAUUUGGAGCAGAUGAAUUCUGAGAACUACAGUAUUUAUAAACAAGCUGCAGAGGCUGUUCAUUCAAUUGACUGCACCUGUAACUUUAUGAUGGAUGUCCAUAAGGAGGGAGAAAAAAAUUUCUUUGAACUAGUGGAAUUGGCAGAUCAGGCCCUAAAUAGCCUUCCUUAUCAUCAGCACUUUCCCAUGCUUCAGGAAAUCAUCCACAUUUGCUUGAAUAUCUGGAAGUCUGCCCAGGCUAACCCAUUGCUGCAGGCAGAGAGUCAGAAGGUGCUUCUCCAUCUGUUGUCCCAUCCUCUGCUGAAUAUAAAAACUGAAGCUUACCAUUGCUGUCUGGAAAUUGUUAAGGAAUGUUUGGGUAUCCAUAAUGUCACAAAACCUGUGUCUUCAAUUUGUCAUGGAGUUCACUUUCUUCUUCAUCCAAAAGUUUUAUAUGAAGUCUCUACAUUUGGCCUCCAGGAGUCCAAAAAUGAGGUGAACUCUGCUGCCAAGGCCAUUCUACUGUAUCUCCUGCAGGGGCGAUUGAUGAUGACAGCACUCACCUGGAACAAGUUUAUUGAGGCCCUCUAUCCCAUCAUUCCAAUUUUACAGGGUUAUGCAGACACAGAAGAGACACUGGGUAACUGCAUCCUCAGUCUAAGCGAAACAGCUUCUGAGAAAGGAGAAGGGAUUCUCCCUAGAACUACUAGAUUAAGGGCUGCUCUACGACUUCUCUUCUCAAAAAAGCAGUUAGUCCGUUCUGUGGCACUGAAACAUCUAACAUUCCAUCUCAUGAAUGAAGAAGGGGCCAGCCUGAAGCGCCCUCUUUUGCAUGGUAGUGUUUUCUCCAGUGUUCCUAACUUGUUUAUUGUGGAAAGACCUAUUGAGCUGAAGUUGGAUGAUGCAAAAGAGUCCAUUUUUAAGGAAGAGACAGUGGAAAAACUAUAUGGUAUUCUUACUUCUGACACCAUUGAUCUAGUUUUGAGAAAGUCUGCAGCAGAGCAGCUAGCUAUAAUUAUGCAAGAUACCAAAAUGCAUGAUGUUGUGAAAAAACUGGGUGUGAUAGAUAAAUUAUUUGUUUACUUUACUGAAUGUGUACACCGGGAUGGCAAGAUCAUGGAAUGUAUUGUGUUGCCGUGUCUUACACUUCUACGAAAACUUGUAUAUGCUGAUCCAGUUACACGCUUGUCAUUAGCACAGCAGCCUUCUAUCCUGCUAACGUUAUUGAGAGUUUCCUUGAUAUUCCGAGAUGACUGUGCUGUUCUGACUGAAAGUGCAGCAUUGCUUUGCCUUCUGUUGUUUGAUGAAGUAGCAAGAAAAGAAAUCUGGUAAGCUAAACUAUAUAAUUGUUCCAACCUACCUGCUUUCAGCUUGCCUGUAGCUAUUGUUAGACGGUAUCACCUCCCAAUCAGAAUCACUGCUCAUCAUGCAGUUAGUCCUAACUCUGUUGUUUUGCUGUUAUCUUCUGACUGCUUGACCUCGAAGCCGGUGUCUGACAUGCUUAAGAUGGCUUGGAAUCUGUCAUGGUAUCAUGGGAUUGAUAACCUAUUGCAACUGGUGAACUAUGAAACAGAAGCACAAGCAUUUUUAGACACAUUAAAGCUAUCCUCAGAGGACAUUCUUACGUUGAAGAUAACACACACAACCAGUGGACUGCAGGAUUGUCUUAAUGCAGUAAUUCAGGCCGUGUCCCACAGGGAAGUUAGAGCUUCUGUGACUAGGAUGAGUUUUUAUAUUCUAAAUGACAAGCUGGCUUUAAAAUUUAGCACUGGCUCUUGCAGGACCACUUCGAAGGGCGUGGCUUGGCAAACAGCAUUCAACAGGUUUCUGCAAGUACUUCCAGCUUCUACAGAAGAUGAGAAGCUUCUGGCUGAUGUCUUAAGUUUUCUAAACAAGUUGCUUAGGGAACAGAAGAAGAGUUUGGAGGCAGAACAUCUACAGUGGAUUCUGGAGGUAGUGCUUAAACAUAAUUCAAGUUCACUUUUAGACCUUCUGGUACGACCUGAAUCCCAGGAGCAGGAUGAAACAGAUGACGUACAGACUGCUGUCAGGCAACAACUGCAGAAAGAACUGAUUGGUCUCUUUAACAUGUUGCUACUCUGCUUCACAUCAGUUACUAACAGAAAAGGCUUGGAACUUACUGAUUGUUUCCGAACACAGCUGGCUCUGAAACUGCUACAGUGUUUACGGGUAACAGAUGCGCCCCACUUUUAUGGAUUGCCUUCUUUGGAGAGAACGUUACGAGGAAUGGUCCAUGUCACUGCACACCCAGGCUGGAGUUCAUACUCUGCAACAACUGAGCCAUUCACAAUUUGUAUGAAAUAUUUGACAGGUCUUCUUGAGGUCAUCUCAUCUUUUUAUGUUGAAUGGGGAGGAAAUGCUAUGUCCUUCAUGGGCAAAGGUGUCACAAAGAGCACAGUACUUUGCUUGCUUCACUUGUCCCAUGAAAUGAUGUCUCAAGCCAAAAAUAUGGACUGGGUGUCUCUCUGGUUCUUGCCUUACGAUAAAAGUGAAGAACAAGUUCCUUCUCGGCUUGGUCUGGCAUGGCUAGUUCCAUUAUGGGUAGAUAGAGAUCCUGAGGUAAGGUUCACCUCCCUUGGAAUUGGAUCAGCUCUUACAUCUCUUGAAUUAGGAUGCAUUGCUUUAGCAGACAGCUGUCAGAACAUUUCAGGAGGGUUAUGGGGAACAGUGAUAAACAUUCUUCUGGACCAAUCGGAAUGUAGCAUGGUACGCAGAGAGGCUGCUUUUAUUCUUCAGAAUCUUCUUGUAAUCCCAAUGCCAACUGAAGAACUGAAAGAUUGUGCUUGGCAGGGGCCUUGUGUACAUGAUGAAGAGUCUGGUCUGUCUCAUAUAGGAAAACCUGCCCUUCAGGCUCUAUUAUAUCAUUGCCACUUCUAUGAACAUUUGAAUAAGAUGGUGAAGCACUGUUACUUAGGUCGAUACACAUUUGAUUUGAAUUGUUCCGUGGGAGACAGCCUCAUGGCAGAAAAAAAUGGCAUAAAUGAUUUUGAUGACUCUAUUAAUCUUUGGAGAGUUCCAUCCAGUCAAAGCCAAUCUCCAAGUUCUCAGUCAACAUCUGAUACUAUGAUCCUUUCUGCCUCACCGUCAAUGGGGAGUGUUGAUGAGCUGCAGGCCCCUAUCCCUCUAGCAUCAGCUUGUUUUGUCCCUGAAACACCAGUUGACCGGCUUAUGGCUCAAGGUCAGAGUGACACAACCACAACAGCAUCUCCACAUGAUUCUCCCCAGUCUGGUGUUCUGUCUAAUCAGUGUGCUCUAGUCACACCUCCUCUCCUGUCAGCUGUAUGCAGCCUGCUGGACAACCUGCUGGUGGUUGUUCCAAAGGACACUGGAAUUGCUCUUCGACAAGCACACUUACUAACACCUCUCAGUAGUCUUGUAAAUGCUAGGUUGGUUGAAAGAUGUAUGUUGGAAUUGAAAGCUCCUCUGCCUCAUCCAUGUCACAUUGAACAUACAAAGGUUCAGGUUUUAUUCCUACUUCAGUACUUGUCUUCAGUGUCCAGGCUUCUACAAUCAUGUUUAUUGGUAGACACUCACCUUGUGAUCCAGGAUGAACUAAUGAAACCUCUUUUGGGAAAUACCUUAAUGAUACUCUCCCUUCGCUCUCUGGAUGGCUUGGAUACUGAGUUAACAUCUGCGGUUCACCAAACAUGGACAGACUUGUUUAGCCUUCUGGCUAUACUGUUAAGGAAAAGUGGCCAAAUCGCUCUUCCAUCUGUGACAGCAGCUCUUGGAAAACACUGGACUGCAAUAAUUGAUACAAUUUGUGACUGUGUGCAUCUGUCUACCACAUGUCCCAGCUUAUAUAUGGCCAGUUUGCAAUUCCUCUCCAUUCUCUUGGCUGAAGAAGGGAAAAGGCAGCUCCAAGAUAAACAGAAUAUUUGCCCCAACCCAACAAUUACUUUUCUUCUAGAUGAAGCUGAAGGAAGUUUGGCAUCAGGAGCCAAACUUAAUGAAUUAAUAAUUCAGAGCUAUGAAGGAAAAUCCUCUAAAGAUGUACUGAAACGAGUUGCUGCAGGUGCUUUACUGUCCCUGUUGGCUGUCAGUAAAAGUGCCCAGAAAUGUGCUUUGGAAGCUGACCUUAUAGACAGCUGCAUGGAAAAGAUGAAGCACAUUCAUGCACAGCUGAACUUAGAAUCCCUAAGGCCUGGAAAAACAGCACAGAAAAAAAAGGAGGAUAAUCUUAUCAGGGAACUAAGGGUUGUUCUGCAGCUCCUAAGAAACUGCCUCUUUCGAAAUGAAGAGUGCAAAGUGGCAGCACUCGAGGCUCAUCUUAUCCCUGUCCUCCACUCUCUGUGGCCAUGGUUUAUAAUGGAUGACUCCUUAAUGCAAGUAGCUCUUCAUUUGCUUUGUGUCUACACUGCAAAUUAUCCCACAGGCUGUGGUUCUCUUUGCUGGGCAAGCAGUGGACUGUCUCCAUUUCAGACUGCACAGAGAAGCGCAACCAGCAACUCACUAAUACACAGCAUUAUCAAGUUAGCUUCCCAAACACUAACUGAGAACAGCGCAAUUCAGCGUAUGGUCUUUACUCUUCUUUCCAACCUUGCUAUUUCUCAUGACUGCAAGGGUGUUAUUCAAAAGAGUAACUUCUUACAGAACUUUUUAUCUCUGUCAUUGCCAAAAGGAGGAAAUAAAAGCCUUAGUACACUGGCUAGCCAUUGGCUAAAGCUGCUAUUGAAUAUAUCCUUUGGAGAAGAUGGACAGCAGAUGAUCAUGAAGCUAAAUGGUGGUUUAGACCAGCUGCUGGAGAUGAGCAAAUACAAACACAACAGUAGUCACCAUAUAGUCCUUCUUAUUCUGCACAACAUCUGCUUUAGUCCAACUAACAAGCCUAAGAUACUUGCUAACGAUAAAGCUAUUGCAGUACUAUCUGCCUGUUUAGAAAGUGACAGCCUCACUGCUCAGAGAAUAGGAGCAGCUGCACUUUGGUCUUUGCUCCACAAUUAUCAGAAGGCAAAAGUGACUUUGAAGAAUCCAUCAAUAAAGAGAAGAGUAGAUGAGGCUUAUUCUUUAGUGAAGAAAACUCUUUCACAGCCAGAAGGAAACCAGCUAAAAGCCUAUCACUUAAAAUGUCUAGAGAAUCUAGUGAGACUUCUCAAUAGUUAAUGACUGUUGGUGAGUUCUCAUGUUGAAGGUGGAUUGCUUACUCCAUGGAAGACUGGAAAUUAAAGAAAAGAUUUCUAAUGCUGAGAUUUGUGGAGGCAUCGUGUCACAGAAAAAAUUUACUACGUCUUUGGGAAGGGAGUUGAUCACCUAACACCAAAGAAAUAAUAUAGAUUAUGGUUGAAACAGCAUAUACUGUAUUCCCAAUGGGAAAUUGUGGUGCUACUGCAUCUGGGAAAUGCAAAAGGAAAAUGAGAACAUGGGGGUAGGGGGAGAGGAGGAAAGGGUAUGAGAAAUUAAUAAUUUUAUUAAAUUAUGUGUUGAAAUUAUUACUGGAAAAUAUUAGUGGUUGGUUUGAGCCCAUCUAAA